CAUAUAACGAUAAAUUAUUUACACGAUAACAAACCAACAGCUGUUUCAUCACUAUUUUCUGGAGGGAAUUGCAAAACGUAAAAACAUAUUUCCGCAAACCACACUAGGAUAAAAUUAAGUUAUAAAUAAAAAACGAGGUUUAAUAUUUAAGCUAAAUCAAGACAAGUGAUGUGCAGAAAUAUACAGUAUACACUAAGAACUGAAACAACAGUUUGUGAAAAUAGCGAUUUGACUUGUUUAACUCAAAAACCCUGAAUAUAAGUGAUAAACGUCACGACAUGGCGACACCGGUGGUGAAGGAGUCAUUUCGUGAGCGUCAAAUACAUGAAUUAGAAGUGAUAAAGGCGAUUUUUGCUAAUGAUGUUGAGGUGUUACGUCCCAGCUGUGACACAGAUACGCCGGCCGCGCAAUGGAAACCAACCGAAAUACGCAUAUCACUAACGCCACUGCGCGAUUCUUCCAAUGGACAUACGGAAGCAUACGCGCGCACCAAACUACAUAUUAUCUGUCCGUCUAAAUAUCCAAAAAUCGCACCCAAGAUACUAAUAGAAGAGUCGAAAGGGCUUUCCGAUCAGCUGGUAGACGAGUUAUUGCAAAAAUUACAACAGCAAUCAGAAGAGCUGCGUGGCGAAGUGAUGAUAUAUGAGUUGGCGCAAACAGUGCAAUCUUUUCUGCUUAAAUACAAUAAGCCACCACGCGGUUCCUUCUACGAUCAAAUGUUGCAGGAAAAUCAGAAGCGUGAACAAGAACGCCUUGAUAAACAGAAACGUAAAGAAAAAUUAGAGCGUCAAACAUUGAUCGAGGAGGUUGAGCGACGUAAAGAGAUGUUCAAAACCGAAGCGAAACGACGUGGUGAGCCACGUCGUAGCAUGAGCGAAUCAAAUUAUCACGCUAGCUCGUCGGAGAGUUCCGAGAAUUCAUCGCCAUAUUAUCGCGGUCACUUUUACCCUAACAAAUGCUUGGAACAUCGCAGCAGUGAAAAGCUUUAUUUCCAUAAAGUGGGACGACAAGUACAAAGGGGUUGUUGUUUAGGUCACUCACAGAAAGGCUGUGUUGCUUAUACCGGCAUAGAUUUGGACAGUGGACAACUACUCUAUGUGACAGAGUGGACUAUAAAGUAUGCGCAAUUAGAACAAAAAUGUGGCAAUGGCGGACACUGCUAUUGGCUGGCAACAGAGCCCAAAUGCAAUGGCAAUCAUCGUGUCGAUGACGUUGUAGCCUCCAUCGAGAAACAAGUAGCGACACUUUCACAGUUACACCAUAAAAAUCUCAUACAGUACGAAUGUGUGUUGUGUAUAAAACGGAAGGAAGGUCUCAUAGUGUAUUUAGUGCAAGAUUUUUUGCUCGGCACCAGUUUGUUGAACAUAUCGUCCAGUCUGGGAUGGUGUAUCGACGGUGUGCGUAUGGUUGCACGUGGUGUGCUUGACGCGCUCGUUUUCCUACACAACAAAGGUGUCUCGCACAGUCAUCUCAUGGACAGCACAGUAUUUAUGGACAAUACGGGCACAUUGCGUUGCGGCGAUUUCUCUUUGGUGCCCAAUUUAUUGGAACUUGUGGGUGGUAUAGGUCAGCGUUCAGUGCAAGGUGAUCUGCCCGCUUUCGGCACGCUCAUCGAGAGUUUAAUGUCAUCGCACACGUAUGAGAUGCGUGAUUUUAUCGACAAGUGCAAUUCAGAUCGUACGCUCUCCGCUUCAGAACUGCUUGACCAUCCUUUUCUACAUUCAUCGUUGCUCAGUCAGGAAGAUAGAGCAAAUGCGCAACUCGCGCUUGCUUUGACGCAGAAAACACAACGGCGUAUUUCUGGUGGUACACCUGGUGCAGCGUUGCAAAAUAAUAAACAGCCACAGGGUCGUCAUGAGCGCCAACAACAACAACUGCCGGUGUCAUUGUUCGCCAUGCCUUUAAUGCCCAUGAGCCAAUCCAGACUACGCAAUGAGUUCGAAGUGCUCACUUACUUGGGCAAAGGCGCUUUUGGUGAUGUGCUAAAGGUACGCAAUAUAUUGGAUAACCGUCAGUAUGCGCUAAAACGCAUACCACUGUCAGCGCGUAGUCGCCAACUCUAUAAGAAAAUGACACGUGAGGUGGAAUUGCUCUCACGUUUGAAUCACGAGAAUGUUGUACGUUAUUUCAAUAGUUGGAUCGAAAGCAUAACCGAGGCGGAUGAAGCGGAAAUGGAAAAACUCUUGGGCGAUGAGAUGUCUGCAAGCAAUGAUGUCAGCUAUAAACCACCAAAAUCUCCACAACAUGGUUUGCCCGUAAAAUUGGAUGAUGAAAGCUCGUCCAGCAUGUGGAGCGGUUGCGUACCAAAUGCAGAUGAUUCCGACUCCGAUGGCAUUGAGUUCGUGGACUCAAAUGGCGAAAUUGUCAAUUACGAUGAUGAUGACGACGAUGACGAGGAGGAGGAGGAACCAACACGACACACUUCGAAAGGGUACUCACCCAAACCGAUGCAAGUUAUGUACAUACAAAUGGAGUUUUGCGAAAAGUGCACACUGAGAACUGCUAUUGAUGAUAAUCUGUACGAAGAUACGGAUCGGCUGUGGCGUCUAUUUCGUGAAAUUGCUGAAGGUUUAUCACACAUACAUCAACAAGGCAUUAUACAUCGUGACUUGAAGCCCGUUAAUAUAUUUUUGGAUUCACAUGAUCAGAUCAAAAUCGGUGAUUUCGGUUUAGCGACAACCAGUUUCCUGGCGUUACAAAGUCAACAUGAGCAAACGAAUCAGCAUACAACGCAUGUUGCCUCCAUAGAGGAUGGCACUGGUACGGGCAAGGUGGGCACCACGCUUUAUGUGGCGCCCGAGUUGACUGGCAACGCCUCCAAGUCUACAUACAGUCAGAAGGUCGAUAUGUAUACAUUGGGCAUAAUACUUUUCGAAAUGUCGCGUCCACCAUUCGACACCGGCAUGGAGCGUGUACAAACGAUAGUCUCACUGCGCACCGCCGCCAUUGUUAUACCAGAUAAUAUGCUAAGCGAUAACCGUUAUGAGAAAACUGUGAAGAUUUUACGCUGUCUGCUAAAUCACGAUCCGGCGCAACGUCCCACCGCCGAGGAGUUGCUCUCCUCAGAUUUGGUGCCGCCAGCGCAACUUGAAGCGAACGAAUUGCAAGAAAUGCUACGUCAUGCGCUGGCGAAUCCGCAGAGUAAAGCCUACAAACAUCUGGUGGCACGCUGCCUGCAACAGCAAAGCGAUGAGCUGCUCGAGUACACCUACCACUUCGGCAGCAGUCGCAAUAUGAAAUCCUGGAAUGCGCCCAUCUCGCUGGACGGCUUCGUAUCGUUGAAUCCGAUGUUUGAAUUUGUCAAGGCCAAGGUGGUUGCUUUGUUUCGCAAACAUGGCGGCAUCGAGGUGGACACGCCGCUACUAGCACCGCUGUCGAAACGCACCAACCCGUGGAACAACCCUGUGCGUCUCAUGACACACUCCGGCUGUGUGGUGGUGCUGCCCAGUGAUUUGCGCACCGAAUUCGCGCGUCACAUAACCAUGAACGGUGUGAAUAUGAUGCGCCGUUACUGCGUGGAUCGCGUCUACCGCGAGGAGAAAGUAUUCAAUUUUCAUCCGAAACAGAGCUACGAAUGUGCCUUCGAUAUAAUCACGCCAUAUGCGAGUAGUCCGCUCGUGGAUGCCGAACUGCUGGCGCUUGCUUUCGAGAUUACGAACGAGAUACCGCGACUGCGUGAGAAGAAUAUGCGCGUGCGUAUGAAUCACACACAACUGCUGCGCGCCAUUCUGCUCUACUGUAAUGUGCCAAAGUCCUCGUACACGGAGUUAUUUGCGAAUAUCGCCGAUUUCAUCGAGGGUCGCAUUUCGAAAUUUCAAUUCCAUUCGGGCGUCACUGUUAUUAUGGAGAAAUCGCGUUCCUCUGCCACGGCGCUUAUUGACUUGCUGCUCGCGAAUUUCCUCAUGAGCGGCACACGCAGCAGCGUCGACGAUUCGUCGCUGAAAUCGCUGAUACGUGGCAAAGGCGAAGCCGCAUCGCUGGCAAAGACUGCGCUCAGAGAGUUGGAGACAGUUGUGGGCAUAGCGCACAGUCUUGGCGUCACGUGUCCAAUACACAUAUUCGCCGGUCUGCCCAUCAGUUACGAUCGCGCCAGCAGCGGCGGCGUGGUAUGGCAACUGAUCGCCGAUCUCAAACCCAAUCGCAGCACCCAUUCCACAGUCUUGGCUAUGGGCGAACGCUACGACACGCUGCUCAAUGAGUUCCAGAAGCAGGCGCAAGGUUUCAACCAGAACAUACCCGGCCGCGUCGUAAGCGGCGCUGGUCUCUCCUUCUGGCUGGACAAACUGGUGGGCGCCAUGGAUGUCGAUUACAUGAAAGAUUGCCGCGCCAUAGAUGUGGCGGUGUGCGUGAAUGGCACGCGACCGCCACUCAAAUAUGUCACCGACAUUAUGCGUCUGCUAUGGUCCGCCAACAUACGCUGCUACGUGGUGGAGUCCGCCACUGGCGCUGGCGAUGAAGCGCAAGAUCUCGCCAAAUUGGGCGCUUUGCAUAUUAUAUUGGUGGCGGAGAAUGGCGCGUUGCGCAUACGCUCGUGGGAGCGCGAUCGUUUUCAGGAACGCCACGUAACGCGCGCCGAACUCGUCGACUUCAUACGCAAAUUGCGCACCGAAUUGGGCAAUGCGAACGCAAUCGACUACGUCAGUCAGAUAUCGAAUAGUAGCGCCGGUGGUAAUACCAGUUACAGUAGCGGCGGUGGUGGUGGCAGUAGUGGCGGCGGUGGCAAUUUCGGACGCGGCGAUAGCGGUUUGUGCACAUCCGCCUCGAGCGCGAGCAUAAAGAGUAGCUACAAUCCCAGUCAGUGGCCCAAUGUGCAGGUGAGGUUUGUGGUGCACGACAAGCUGACUUCCAACCUGCGGCGCCGCUACGAGAAUCAGGUUACACAGCAGAUGUCCAUCACGCUGUCGCAGUUCAUGAAGAAGGAGAGCGUCAUUGUGCUGGUGGUGGAGCUGCCGCCAGUCACCGUUAAUGCCAUAGUUGGUGCAGUAAAUCCACGCGAAGCCGACGAAAAGGAGACUGAAGUUGAAAUUAAUUAUGUGAUAGAGCGGUUUCCCAAGUUCAAACGGUAUAUUACCGAAAUAACAGAUGAAAUUAUCGAUUAUCUAACGGGCGAUAAGGCAUCCAUAGUUGCCUUGUACACCAUUUCCGAUUCGUACUAUCGCGUCAUCAUUUGAUUAGCACUCACGCCCAUCUCGUCUUCUGCAUUUGCACACUCAGCACGCGAUUGUGUGCAAUUAAAUUGUCUCAAUCUGCUGUACAAUGUUGUUUCAAAUCUCAUAUUUGCUUUGCUAAAGCAUUUAUUUAACGCAAUCUUCUAUUAGUCUCUUAAGUGCUGUUAGUCAAUUUGCCAACAAUGUAUUUUUACAAGCUUAUCAACUAUAUUUUUUAUUUUAUUUAACUAUUUUAUGCUAUUAAUUUAUAUUGUACAUUUACUUAUUUCUCUCAGCUGUGUCAUAUACAUUCAUACAUUUGCGUGUGGUCGAUGUUUAUAAUAAAGUUUAUAACUUCAAUUUUUAAAAUA